AUGUCGCUUCAAUCUCGAAUCGAUGCUUUCCUCGAGUCUCUCGACCCUCCACCUCCGCCGCAAGGCAUACCUUUCCCUCAUCUCUAUCCUAUUCUGAUGGAUUGGCGAUUUCCUCUCUCUGUUGCUGUUGCAUAUAUUCUCUCUAUCCUCGUUCUCAAUCCAAAAUCAUCCGCUGUUUCACGUGUGGUAGCCAAAUCAAAGGGACUAGACACGACACAUACAAGCAAGAAAAGUGGAAAACGAAUGACUGCUGCGCUUGCCAAGCGACAUAGAACGGCCGAAAGCUGGAAUGAGGCACUCUGCGAUCAUGGAAAGGUUUGCUGGAAUGAAUCAAUUGGUUACUGGGCAUACUUGUUCUACCUUUCAAAAUACUACGAGAUCAUCGAUACAAUCAUAAUCCUCAUGAAGGGUCGUCGCUCUUCUUUCCUUCAGUCAUAUCACCACGCUGGUGCCAUAAUCACAAUGUGGAUAACUACAAAAUUUGCAGCACCUGCGCUUUGGAUUUUUGUUGUAUUCAACUCGUUUAUUCACACAAUCAUGUACUUUUACUACGCGCUCACCUCAGUUGGAUUCUCUCCACCUGGGAAGCAAUACUUGACAACAGCUCAGAUUUUGCAAUUCACAGUUGGAAGUACGCUUUCGUUUACGUAUUUCAUCAUACCUGGUUGUAUGAAUGCUGGAGAAAGGUUUAGUGCGGUCGUAACCUUAGCUUAUGUCGGUCCGUUGCUUUACCUGUUCUUGCAAUUUGCGUUUAGAACUUACGGAAGGGGCAUCAAACACGGUAAAGCUGAUGCCAAGACAGCUGUUAAUGUUAAGUUUGUGAGCAAUCACAACGGCAAGAGCAAUGGCAUUGGUAACGGCGUGAAUAAAGGAGCUAACAAAUAUUUUUAA